GGCAGAAGGCGCCACUGCUCACCCAUCCCAGCCCUUCUCUUUGGAAAUUUCCUUUGGAAGCCAGCUCCUUCCCUCCCCUGCCUCCCCACGCACCUCUUUACCCUGCGGCAGGAGCCCCCUCCAUCCACGCUGCAGCUUUUCUUGUAACCAGGGUAAAUAUUACCUGGCACUGUUAAUGUUUAAUGCCCCCACCUCGUCUCGGGCCACCCCUCGGAGGCUACCAGACACUCUCCGAAAAGCAGAGACAGCAGGAAGAGGGGAGGGGAGGCAGUCCAUUUUUCUGGGGAAAUGACCAGACUGUCUACGGGCGAUGGCGGCAGCCCCAAGGCGGACGUGGACCCGUUCUACUACGACUAUGAGACUGUCCGCAAAGGGGGCCUGAUCUUCGCCGGGCUGGCCUUCAUCGUGGGGCUCCUCAUCAUCCUCAGCAAAAGAUUUCACUGUGGGGGCAACAAGAAGCGCAGGCAAAUCACUGACGAUGAGCUGUAACAGCAGCCUUGGCUGUGCCACCCGCUGCCCUGGGGCCAGCUGGAAAGCCAGGCAUGCCCCUGCCUUUGGCAUCUUCCCGUCUUCCCUGGGCUGUAGACCUUUGUCAUUGUCACUGCCAGCGCUUGGGCUGAAGGAAGCUCCAGGCUCAAUGUGACCCCCAGGUGGGCAUUGCCACCUCCUGUCCCAUGCCAGCUCAUGCUCAUAAUAAAGCCAGCAUCAGAGAUCACUGCUUCCCUCGCC